AUGGUAGAGACACGGGUGCCGCUCUUUUUGAGUGUCGACAUCCUCGCACCUUUCCUCGCCCUUGCCGUCGUCGCUCUACGGGUCGGGUAUAGACAGGCCAAGAAUGCUCUUACCCUCUCCGACUACAUGAUAUGUUGCGCCAUGAUCACUUCAUUGAUCCACAUGGUCCUAGACAUCAUCAUUUGUGCAAAGUUUGGAUAUGCCCGUCACCAAAACGAUCUUCCACCGGACCUCAAGGGAUCCUAUAAGACGAUGAUCGUGUUCUGGCUCAUCCAAAUCUUCACCAAAUUUCCGUUGAUGUUCAGCAAGCUUUCUCUGGGCCUGGUGUAUCGAGAUCUGUUUAGCACUGCCGACAUUCCAGUUGUACGCUUCUGCCGCAUCGCCAAUCAUAUCACUAUGGCCAUUGUGGUUGGCUUCUUCACGGCGGCCACUUUCGUUGGUAUCUUCGCCUGUCUACCAAUCCACAAGAGCUGGUACUCCAACGAACCCGGCCACUGCGUCGAUACUCAGAUCAUGUUUAACUAUGUCACAUCGUCUAUCAAUAUCCUCACAUCGUUGGCACUUAUAGCCAUCCCGCUGCCAAUUCUACUUCGGACACAGAACAAGCGCAUCGAGAUCAAGCAGCUAAUAGGACUUGUAAUGUUAGGCCUAGUCGACACGGCUGUCUCCAUCAUUCGCCUCUGGAUGAUAAGCGGCUUCUAUAACGUCAAGAAGGACUUUACCUACAACGCCAUCCCAACACACCUUGUCAUCGUAAUCGAAUUCAACAUCACCAUUAUCGCCGCCUCCUUGGUCGUCAUGCGACCCUGCUUCCAGGCAAUGUUCAACAGGGUGUUCACCAACUCCCAGUAUAACUCGAAUAACAGAUCUCGACAGACGCAUAAUCAAUACAGCCGGUCGGGUUAUAUCAUGUCGGAUAAUAGUCCUACCAAGAAGAGGAUCAACUCUGAGGCCGCCUCCGAUGACUUUCCGCAGACAGGGAUCCAGAAGACAGUCGAUAUUGAACUCAGUAGUAGAAACAUAUCUACCGAAGACAUACUGCAGCCUCGGAAUCGCUUUUGA